ACAUCUUGGCAGAGAUUUUAUUUAUCUCAGUAUCGACUCUAGAGAUUAACCUACACCAUGUCAGGAAGAGGCAAAACCGGUGGAAAAGCCAGAGCAAAGGCAAAGACCCGCUCCUCCCGUGCUGGGCUCCAGUUCCCAGUCGGUCGUGUUCACAGGCUGCUGCGUAAAGGAAACUAUGCCCAGCGUGUUGGUGCCGGAGCCCCCGUCUACCUGGCGGCUGUGCUCGAGUACCUGACCGCUGAGAUCCUGGAGUUGGCUGGUAACGCUGCCCGUGACAACAAGAAGACCCGUAUCAUCCCCCGUCACCUGCAGCUGGCUGUCCGCAACGACGAGGAGCUCAACAAGCUGCUCGGAGGAGUCACCAUCGCUCAGGGAGGAGUGCUGCCCAACAUCCAGGCUGUUCUCCUGCCCAAGAAGACCGAGAAGGCCGCCAAGAAGUAGAGACCCAAUCCUGACUUCAAUAAACACAAAGGCUCUUUUAAGAGCCACCACAUCACAGCUAAAGAGCAAAUUCUUGUUAUAAUAAGUCAAGUAGUUUACAAACUGUCCAUAAGAUCAUGUGAGUCAAGAAACACAAUCUACAAUUUCAAUAAAUAUUCCACCACCAU